CUCGGUCUUGGACCGUACGCGUUGACAGGCUAAAUCCACCAACACCGACGCCCCGGCAGAAGAGUCGAAAAGGCCAAAGAGUCGAGCACGAGCAACCAGACGGGAUUCGUGUAGCCGCUAGGACCUCAGGCCACUGCGAUGCGGCGGCAAAGAGAUUUGCGCGGAGAUGAAGAUCCUCUGCGUCGCUGAGAAACCCUCGAUUGCAAAGUCCAUCUCGGAGAUCUUGUCCAGCGGCAAUGGGCUACAGAAUCGGCCUGGCCGAGACCAGUUCUGUCGCAACUUCUGCUUCCGAUACCGCAUGCCCCCUGGCCAGUCAUUUGGGAGGCAUCGGGCCAAUGGGUGGGUCGAUAUGGUCGUUACGAGUGUCCGUGGCCACCUCAUGAGCAACGACUUUGGCGACGAGUACCGAAAAUGGAAAAGCUGCAGCCCCACGGCUCUCUUCGAGGCGCCUAUCAUGUCCUUUGUCAGUGAGGACUGCAAAAAGGUUGCUCAGAACCUCAAGGACGAGGCUAGAAGCUCUGAUGUGCUCAUGAUCUGGACCGACUGCGAUCGCGAAGGCGAACACAUCGGCGCAGAGGUCGUGCGCGAGUGCCAGAGGGUGAAGAGGGAUAUUGAAGUGACAAGAGCGAGGUUCAGCGCCAUCAUUGCGAAUCAGAUCCACCAUGCCGCCCAGAAUCCCGUGGCGCUCGAUUGGGCUGCCGCCGAUGCCGUCGAGGCGAGAAUCGAGCUAGAUCUGCGCAUUGGAUCAGCCUUUACCCGCAUGCAAACUUUGACGCUCCAAGGUCAUUUCCAGGAGCUUGACAAGAAGAUCAUUAGCUACGGUCCGUGUCAGUUUCCAACCCUGGGUUUUGUCGUGGAUCAGUACAUCAAGCACAGCGAGUUUGUCCCGGAGCCCUUCUGGUACAUCCAUGUCAUGCACCGCAAGGCUCCCAUCGAUGUGACCUUUCACUGGGCCCGCAAACACCUCUUUGUGCAGGCCGAGGUCAAGAGAAUCUUUGACAGGUGCAAGAGCGACCCAGAGGCUACUGUCAUCAAGGUGACGAGUAAGCAGACGCGCAAGUACAAACCACGGCCACUGACAACUGUCGAGCUGCAAAAGUCGGGUGGUCGCCUCCUGCACAUGGCUCCCAAACGGAUCCUCGAUGUUGCAGAGAAGCUGUACCAGAGAGGUUUUCUCUCGUAUCCUCGUACAGAGACUGACCAAUACGACGCCCAAUUUGACUUCAAGACGCUGGUCGGAAAACAGAGGAGCGACUCUGAUUGGGGCCGCUUUGCCAGUCAGCUGCUCGACGAUCAAGGUGCCUUUGACAAGCCUCGAAAUGGGCAAAAGAACGACAAAGCCCAUCCGCCCAUUCAUCCGACCGCCCAUGCAAACGGCCUCACAGGGGAUGACAAGAAGGUGUACGAGUAUGUGACUCGACGCUUUCUGGCAAGUUGCUCAAAGGACGCCAUUGGCGAGGAAACAAAAAUUGACCUCAAGAUUGCCGGCGAGCUCUUUACGGCCACUGGCAUUGUUGUCCAAGUGCGCAACUUCCUCGAUGUGUUUCCCUACGAGACGUGGGGCGGACCAGGUCUGCCACAAUUCGAAGAGGGUGAGCGUUUCGUGCCGACGGAAUUGACAAUGAAGGAAGGCGAGACGACGCGGCCCAAGCUCCUGACGGAAGCCGACCUUGUCUCGCUGAUGGACAGGAAUGGCAUCGGCACGGAUGCGACGAUUGCAGAGCACAUUGCAAAGAUUAUCGAGCGAGAAUACGUCAUGGCACAGAUGGAGGGGAGGAUCAAGUACCUUGUACCCUCGACGCUUGGUAUGGGCCUUGUCAUGGGCUACAACGACAUCAACUUUGCAGGCAAUAAGAGCUUGUGCAAGCCCCUAUUACGCCGAGAGACCGAAGAGGCCAUGACGAAGGUCUGCGAGGGUGAAACGACCAAGGCACAAAUGGUCCAGCAGAGCCUGCAAGAGUAUCGUGCCGUCUACACGCAGGCGAACGGUAGCAUCGAGAGGGUCAUUCUGCAAAUGGCAAGAUACCUUCGCGGCGAAGAACCACCUGCGCCACCUGAAUGGGCGGCUGCGGCUGCGUCCUCCACUGCUAAUGAACCUCGACAAGACGAUUUACUCUCGUUGGACGAUGACCUCGAAGUAAUCGAUGAUGAGGACUUGUGGAGUGUUCUCGAUGGCGUUGAGACGGGAGGCGAAAGUUCUGCACCUGGGCCAGGUGACGACGCAAGAAGAAUCAGAUCAGGUGGCGGAAAUCAUGGUGCAAUGGGCACAUCUUCUGCUUCCUCGAACAGCGCAAAUGCUCAGAUUGAGGUCAUUGAGAUUGAUGACGACGAUGACGAUGUCCCGGUUCCUUCCCAUGCUCCAGCUGCAGCCCCCCGUCAGCAGCCGCUGCGGACCCAAACAUUCCACCCUGGUCAAUCAACCUCGUUUGCCGACCGCGUCCAAGAGCGGGAGUCAGCAGACGCUCACACUCCCAUGUGCCGCUGUGGUCAGGCCGCUGUUCAGAGAAAAGUUAUCAAGGAAUCGGCAAACAAGGGAAGGAUGUUUUGGAGGUGCCCCAAACAGCAGGGCGACGAGACCGAAUGCGGGUUCUUUGAAUGGUGCGAUGAGGCUGCUACAUCUGGCGCGAGGGUUCCUCCGUACACGCGGCCUUCCGGCUCUCUUGACGAGAGCAAUGCUCGAGGUCUGACGGACUCGACGAUGGAUCGUUACCGAAGCAUCAUGAACGCCUCGAGCAACUUAGCGUCAAACGAGGUUCAGUGCGAGUGCGGCCAGGAGGCUAAGCGGAAUCAAGUAUUCAAGGAUGGUCCGAACAAGGGACGCUUCUUUUACACCUGUCCGAAGCUGAGCGGACGCACACGAUGCAAAUUCUUCGCAUGGGCGGACGAGGGUACUGACGCAGGGCAGCAGCAGCAGCAGCAGCAGCAACAACAACAACGGGCUGCACAGGGCCCAACUAGAGACCUAGCAGGGCAGAGCUGCUUCAACUGCGGAGAAGAAGGGCAUUGGGCAAGCGCCUGUCCCCAGCCAAAGUCGGAUGGCGCAACAGGCUCUUCCCGUGCGGCUACCUUUGGUGGCAAUGGUGUUGGUGGCAGCAGUCGUUCUGCAAGAGGCGGUCCGAGCGGGACAGUGUCUGGGACGUGCUUCACUUGCGGCGGCGAGGGUCAUUGGGCCAGCAACUGCUCGGCGCACGCUGCCUCAGCUGGACCAUCAGUAGCGCCGUCUCGGAAGAGAGGGGCGGGCGGAAGAGCCCGCAAUUCGCACGCAGUCGACGUGGACAUGUACAACAAUGAGAACAGCGAAGACGAGGGUCUCCACUAUGACGACAGAGGAGGAGCAGGUGGUCGAAGCAAACGCGUGGGGACGUGCUUCAAUUGUGGCCAAGAGGGACAUUGGUCGUCGGACUGCAGCGAGGCUCGGCAAGAGGGAGCAGCGAGGGCAUUUACGAGCAGGGGUGGUGCAAAAAGAGGUCGCACGACGAGAGGCGGGCCGAGGAAGAGGGGCCGAGGGAGCAGCCGAUGAUCAUCGUCUCUGUAGCAAAUGGCUACUCUGCUUCAACCAGUACUGUUGGAGCCUUCUGUAAGAAUUUGAUACUGUUCAACAUUGUGUGCAAAGAAGAAGG